UCUGUCAUGCCCAGGAAAUAGUGUAUAUUAAUAAAGAUAUCAUUCGGGGCAGAGGUGAGAUGGCUCAACUCAGUUGUUGCAUCAUCGACAAUUAUGAUGAUAUUCCAGUAUCUUGGGUCAAACUCAAUAAUUCCAAAAUGGCAGAACCAUUAAUACUUUCAGUUAGCGGAACUUUAAUUUUCUCAUCAUCACGGUUCUCAGUACGGGCGACGGAUGGAUGUUAUAAUUUAACGGUAUUUGAAAGCCAGCAUUAUUUGGUCAUCAAUUUUUUAAUAGUUGUAAUAUUUAAAAAUAUUUUUAGAUUAGUGAUAUUCAAGAAAUCGAUGACGCGGCGUAUCAAUGUACCAUAAAUAUUAAUUUACAUACAAAAUUAUUUGCCCAAGUUAUGUUAAAAGUGAAGAGAAGUCCGUUCAUACUGAGCAAUUCAACGAAAUCUUUUUUUGUUACUGAAGGUCAAAAGANCGUAAGCCUCGAGUGCUAUGCGGAGGGGUACCCUAACCCGAAGAUUUUUUGGAAAAGAGUGAACGCCGAAAUUUUACCAGCUCCACAUGUUGGUUCGGCAUAUAAGUACAAACAUACCUACAAAUUACAAUAAUAUAUUUUAGUAGUUUUAACGAUUAUAAAAUAAUGCAUUCAUUCUAAAUUUAAUUUUACAGAGGAAACAUUCUACAAAUUAGUCGUGUAAACAGGAAGGAUAGAGGAACAUAUAGUUGUAUAGCUGAUAAUGGAGUUGGCCGUGGUGUCCGAUAUAGUGUUACUAUGCAAGUAAAAUGUGCACCAUCCAUAAUAAUUCCUAGGCCUAAAGUAGAACAAGCAUUAAGGCAAAAUAUAAAUCUUGAAUGUCAUGUUGAUGCAUUUCCUACUCCGGCCAUAGUUUGGUUCAAAAUCGGACAACAGUUAUAUAACUAUAAUGAUCAUUACAGGUAUACUUGUUUUUAAAUAAUCAGAUAUAAUUUGUUGUUGUUCAAUAUUUUUUAAACAUUUAAUAUUUACAUUUAGUAUAUCCGAACGUGUAAUCACGGAUGAAAUUACAGAAGGUAUUCUAUCCAUCGCCUCUACUACAUACAGCCAUUAUGGAGACUACAUUUGUAAAGCAAUUAACGGCCUUGGAUCUGCUGAAGCUAUCAUUCGGCUGGUUCAACCUUCCAUUUCACAAUAUCCCAUACCAGCUGACCUUCGGACAAUUUCAUUUGAGUGA